AUGAGUUCUCCCGGCACGGAGAGCUCCGGCAAGAGCUUGCAGUACCGGGUGGACCAUCUCCUGAGCGCGGUGGAAAACGAGCUGCAGGCUGGCAGCGAGAAGGGAGACCCCACGGAGCGGGAGCUACGAGUCACUCUGGAGGAGAAUGAGCUGUGGCUGCGCUUCAAGGAGCUCACCAACGAGAUGAUCGUGACCAAGAACGGCAGGCGGAUGUUCCCCGUGCUGAAGGUGAGCGUGUCCGGCCUGGACCCCAACGCCAUGUACUCCUUCCUGCUGGACUUCGUGGCCGCCGACAAUCACCGCUGGAAGUACGUGAACGGGGAGUGGGUCCCCGGGGGCAAACCCGAGCCGCAGGCCCCGAGCUGCGUCUACAUCCACCCGGACUCGCCCAACUUCGGAGCGCACUGGAUGAAGGCGCCGGUUUCCUUCAGCAAAGUCAAACUCACCAACAAGCUCAAUGGAGGGGGGCAGAUCAUGUUGAACUCCUUGCACAAGUAUGAACCUAGGAUUCAUAUAGUGAGAGUUGGUGGCCCUCAGCGUAUGAUAACCAGCCAUUCCUUCCCAGAGACCCAGUUUAUAGCUGUGACAGCUUAUCAGAAUGAGGAGAUCACAGCUUUAAAAAUUAAAUACAAUCCAUUUGCAAAGGCUUUCCUUGAUGCAAAAGAAAGAAGUGAUCACAAAGAUAUGAUGGAUGAAGUUGGAGACAAUCAACAGUCUGGGUAUUCACAGUUAGGUGGCUGGCUUAUUCCUGGAACUGGGAGUCUGUGCCCCCCCUCCAAUCCUCAUGCUCAAUUUGGAGCACCUCUAUCCCUGUCCUCUGCUCACAGCUGUGAAAGAUUCUCAUCGCUGAGGAAUCAUCGUUCUGCCCCUUACCCCAAUCCAUAUGCCCAUAGAAACAACUCUCCAACCUAUGCUGAUAAUUCCUCGGCCUGUCUUUCCAUGCUCCAAUCCCAUGACAACUGGUCCAGUCUAGGAGUUCCCACACACACUAGUAUGCUGCCCAUGAGUCACAGCACUGGCACAUCUACCAGCUCCAGUCAGUAUCCCAACUUGUGGUCUGUGAAUAACAGCACCAUCACACCCGUGUCUCAGUCAGGUGGGAUGUCCAAUGGACUGAGCUCCCAGUUUUUGCGAGGCUCUCCAGCACACUACCCACCCCUUCCUCACUCUGUCACUGCCUCCUCCUCGGGAUCUCUGCUGUAUGACGCUGGCACACCAACAGACAUUUCUGACAGUCAGUAUGAUACCUCUGCACAUAAUAGGCUGGCAUCCACAUGGACACCUGUCACACCACCUUCCAUGUAA